GGAAGUAGCGGUACGAGCGGGUCAGCCAUUAUUCUGGUCCUCGGCCGCAGUUGCGUCCUGUUCCCGUGUCAUCUCUUGGAGUUCUGGUGCCCAGGCGGCGGUACCUAAGGCCGGAAGCGCAGCGGGAAUCCCGGGUGAGCGGGGUCUUCUAGAUGAUGUUCUCCAAGCUUUAAGGAAGAAAUCAAGCAAGGAUCGAGGGGACCUGGAGAGGAGCCUUUCUUAAAUGACAACAAUGACAAGAGAAAAUUGGGGCCACAGUGCUCUGAGACAAGAGGGUCUUGUUAAAGGGAAGGAUGAUACUUGGAAAUGGGGAACCAGCUUUCAAGGAAGCAGCUCCUCUGUUUGGGAGACCUCCCACCUGCACUUUAGACAGUUACGUUACCAUGAGACAUCUGGACCCCAGGAGGCACUGAUCCGGCUCCGGGAGCUCUGUCGCCGGUGGCUGAGGCCAGAAGCACGUACCAAGGCCCAGAUCCUGGAGCUGCUGGUCCUGGAGCAGUUCCUGAGCAUCUUGCCUGGGGAGAUUCGGACCUGGGUGCAGAUCCAUCGCCCUGGGAGUGGUGAGGAGGCCGUGGCCCUGGUAGAGGAGCUACAGCAAGACCUCGAUGGACCAGCACUGAAAGUUCCAGUUCUUGUUCAGGACCAGGACAUUCUCCAGGAGGGGAUGAAUACUCCAGGAGCAGCAGUUCCUCAUGCACCCAAUGGCAGCCACAUAGCUGAAAUUUGCCAAAAUCCUUUUACUGACCCAGUGGUGUUCAAUCUCCAGGAUCCUCAACAUGCUUUUUCUCCUUCCUCAGAUUCUCCUGCCCCUGAAGCUUCUGCCCUUUCCCAGGAAGAGAAUCCAAGAAAUCAAUUAAUGGCCCUCAUGCUCCUAACAGCCCAGCCCCAGGAGUUGGUGAUGUUUGAGGAGGUGUCAGUAUGCUUCACUUCAGAGGAAUGGGAGUGUCUGGGCCCAAUUCAGAGGGCCUUGUACUGGGAUGUGAUGCUGGAGAAUUAUGGAAAUGUGACCUCCCUAGAAUGGGAGACCAUGACUGAGAAUGAGGAGGUGACACCAAAGCCAAGCAUUUCUCAAAGAGCAGAUUCUCAGAAAGGAACAUCCAAAAGACUUCAAGGAAGUGUUCCCCAGUCCCUUGAUUUUGAGGAGGAAUGUGAAUGGCAAAUUGUGGCAAGUCAGUGGGGGACUGAAACAGGGGAAAGAGAUACGCUGAAGAAAGGUCCCCUCUGUGAACGAGAUACAAAGAAAAGGGCUCUACCAGAAAAACAAGGCCAAAAAUGGAAGGAAUUUGGAGAAAGCUUGACUCUAGGUUCAGCUCUUUCUGAAAGUUUAAUAGGUACUGAAGGAAAGAAGUUUUAUAAAUGUGAUAUAUGUUGUAAACAUUUCAAUAAAAUCUCCCAUCUUAUAAACCAUCGGAGAAUCCACACUGGUGAGAAGCCUCAUAAAUGUAAGGAGUGUGGAAAAGGCUUUAUUCAGCGCUCAAGCCUUCUAAUGCAUUUACGCAACCAUUCUGGGGAGAAACCUUAUAAAUGUAAUGAAUGUGGGAAAGCCUUCUCUCAAAGUGCUUACCUUCUAAACCAUCAAAGAAUCCACACUGGAGAGAAGCCUUAUAAAUGUAAGGAGUGUGGAAAGGGCUUCUAUAGGCACUCAGGCCUUAUUAUACAUCUAAGGCGCCAUUCUGGGGAGAGACCUUACAAAUGUAACGAGUGUGGGAAAGUUUUCUCUCAGAAUGCUUACCUCAUUGAUCAUCAGAGGCUCCACAAAGGGGAAGAGCCUUAUAAAUGUAACAAGUGUCAGAAAGCUUUCGUUCUGAAGAAGAGCCUCAUUCUACACCAGAGAAUCCACUCUGGGGAAAAACCCUAUAAGUGUGAUGAAUGUGGGAAAACCUUUGCUCAGACCACUUACCUUGUUGACCAUCAGCGACUCCACAGUGCAGAGAACCCGUACAAAUGUAAAGAAUGUGGAAAAGUUUUCAUUCGAAGCAAAAGCCUUCUCUUACACCAGAGAGUACACACAGAAAAGAAGACUUUUGGUUGUAAAAAAUGUGGGAAGAUUUUCAAUUCAAAGUCAAACCUCAUUGACCAUAAGAGGAUGCACAGCAGAGAGAAACCAUAUAAAUGUACUGAAUGUGGGAAAGCCUUUACUCAGAGUGCUUACCUUUUUGACCAUCAGAGACUCCACAAUGGAGAGAAACCCUAUGAAUGUAAUGAAUGUGGGAAAGUUUUUAUUUUAAAGAAGAGCCUCAUAUUACAUCAGAGGUUUCACACUGGAGAGAAUCUCUAUGAGUGUAAAGACUGUGGCAAGGUCUUUGGUUCUAACAGAAACCUCACUGACCAUGAGAGACUCCACAAUGGGGAGAAGCCCUAUGAAUGUCGAGAGUGUGGGAAAACUUUCAUUAUGAGCAAAAGUUUCAUGGUCCAUCAGAAACUACAUACACAGGAGAAAUCCUACAAAUGUGAGGAUUGUGGGAAGGCUUUCAGUUACAAUUCAAGUCUGCUCGUACAUCGGAGAAUCCACACUGGGGAAAAGCCCUUUGAAUGCAAUGAGUGUGGAAGAGCUUUCAGUUCAAACAGAAACCUCAUUGAACAUAAGAGAAUCCACAGUGGUGAGAAACCCUAUGAGUGUAAUGAGUGUGGUAAGUGCUUCAUUUUGAAGAAAAGCCUCAUUGGACAUCAGAGGAUUCACACAAGGGAAAAAUCUUAUAAAUGCAGUGACUGUGGGAAAGUCUUCAGUUACCGCUCAAACCUUAUAGCCCAUCAGAGAAUCCAUACUGGUGAGAAGCCCUAUGCAUGUAAUGAAUGUGGGAAAGGCUUUACUUACAACAGAAACCUUAUUGAACAUCAAAGAAUUCACAGUGGGGAAAAAACCUAUGAAUGUCAUAUAUGUAGAAAAGUUCUUACCUCUAGUAGAAAUCUUAUGGUACAUCAAAGAAUCCACACUGGAGAGAAGCCAUAUAAAUGUAAUGAGUGUGGAAAAGACUUUAGUCAGAAUAAAAACCUUGUUGUACAUCAGAGGAUGCACACCGGGGAAAAACCAUAUGAGUGUGAGAAGUGUAGAAAAUCUUUUACUUCUAAGAGGAAUUUAGUUGGCCACCAGAGAAUCCAUACAGGGGAGAAACCAUAUGGGUGUAAUGAUUGUAGUAAAGUUUUUAGGCAGAGAAAAAACCUUACUGUACAUCAGAAAAUUCAUACAGAUGGAAAACUCUGUGAAUGUGAUGAGUCUGAAAAGGAAUUCUCUCAGACUUCAAACCUUCACCUUCAACAAGAAAUCCAUACUGUGGAGGGAUUCUCUUGGCUCCAAAAUGCCAAUGAGUCUAAGACAGAGAUUCAGAAAAUCUAGUGUCAUAUGUAAAAUGGGAUAGAAUUCCAACCUACCUAAGUAACUGUUAGACAAAUGGCAGUAUAUCAUUCUUGCAAGGAAAAAAAAUCAUGAUUGACUCUUUUGUAAACCAGUGAUUUGCAUGUGGAAGAAAGCUAAUGUAGACUUUCAAGACUGCAACAACGUAAACCAAAUUCUAGUUAAAGAAUACUUUGUUCCAGGCCAUUUGUUAUGACUCUAGAAAGGGACCUUAGAGCAAUUAGACUCUGAAAAAAAUUUAUGAGAUGUAAUAAUGUAGUUGUAAAUGAUAGCAAAAAUAUUUUUGUAUUAAAAAAUGGACAUUGUUUCUGAAAGUGUGUAAAUUGUAUAUUUUAAAAAUUGCAUCACUGCUACAGAAAGUUUCUGUGGACAGUAUGAUCGAGACAUGUCAGACAUGGAUGUGGGUGGGCAAGAGUCUGCUGUUUGAGGGCAACUUAAGAAGAGUGCUGUAUUUGGAAUUAGAAGACCUAGUUUUAGGUCCUGGCUCUUUCUCUUACUAGCUAUGUGAUGUUGUUAAGUCAGUUUCUAGGCCUCAGUUUCUCUGUCAGUGAAAUGUUGAUAUAAUGCCUACCUCACAAGGUUUGAGGACUAAGUAAAGGAUGUUUGUGAAUGUACUUUGUGAAAUAAUUUAGUUGUCAAUAAAGUUGGAUAAAAGAGGUAUGGUCAAAAUACAGAA